UAUUUCUCUCCUCUAGAGUUUUCAGGUAUCCAACUUAGAAGAAAACAAACUGAAACUCCUUAUCUGUGAGGUCUAACUAACAAAAUGGCUGCAAAACUCUUCGUCCAUUUCAAGAUCAAUGCCGUAUCUUUGCAUUUCCAUCCAAUCUGUUUCUCGUUGGAGAACGUCUUGUUAACCACACCAUAGCAAACAUCAGUGUGAUUGACAGGGACACGUGUGAAUAUCGGUGUUACCUGAACCAUAAAUGUGUCAGCAUAAACUUUUAUUUUGGACAAAAUGAAGCCGAAACACACAACUGUGAAAUGAACAACGCAACGGCCACAGAAUACGAUAACGAUCUAGUGACAGCAGCGAACUACGUAUAUCAUGGAACGAAGAAUUUUUGUGCUGGAUCUCCAUGCAAGAACAAAGCCACCUGCCAAUCAGGAUUUACAAGAAAACGAUAUCGAUGUCUAUGCACUUCUGGAUUCACGGGCCAAGAUUGUGAAAAAGACAUCGAUGAAUGUGCGCUUAAGAGUCACAGCUGUAGCAAGGACAAUGCCAUUUGUGCAAACACCGUGGGAUCGUUUAAAUGUUCUUGUACUCGUGGAUUCUCUGGAGAUGGACACAAAUGCACGGAUAUUGAUGAAUGUGCCAGUGGUACACACGACUGCCACGAAUCAGCUUCAUGCAAAUGUAAAAGCUAUCAAAGUCUGACAGGGUUAGACAGAAGGACAAAUUACACCAAUCAAGACACCAAUCAAGACAAGGUCUGUGAUAAUAAACUUAAGGGUUGGUACCGUUUUGAAGGAGCAGCAGCUCCAGAAUCUCUGGGGGAUUCAAUAAUACAGUUGCGGUUUUUGGAGGCUGAUUAUGAUUUUGAAGAGGCGAAGAUUGCUUUUCAGUAA